CGCGUUUCAAUACUCUGUCAAACAGUCCAUCAUCACUAAACACCAUGUCUUUCGGAAAACUCACUACUUGUCUCUGGUUCGAGGACCAAGGCGAAGAGGCAGCGAACCACUACGUCUCAAUCUUUGCCCCUGAUUCCAAGAUCAACAGCAUCCAACGCUACACUCCCGCCGGUCAAGACCAACACGGCCAGGAACCCGGAAGGGUCAUGGUUGUCGAAUUCGAGCUUCGAGGCCGUUCCUUUGUCGCUCUCAAUGGCGGUCCAGCGAAGUGGAAAUUCAGCGAAGCCAUUUCUCUCAUGAUCGACUGCAAGGAUCAGGCUGAAGUUGAUCACUUCUGGGAGAAGCUCAGCGAAGGUGGUGAUGAGGCCCGCCAACAGUGUGGAUGGUUGGCCGACAAGUUUGGAGUUGCUUGGCAAGUCGUGCCCUCAGCGCUCAAGGAGAUGAUGGGGUCUGAGGAUAAAGCUGCAGCUGGAAGAGCGACUAUGGCUAUGAUGAAGAUGAAGAAGUUUGAUAUUGCUGAGUUGGAGAAGGCGUACAAGGGCUGAUGUACACAAGGCGAAGCUGCCAGUAGGCAAUUUGAUGUACCCCAUUCCUAGCUGUGAUAGCUA